AUGUCGUCGCCAGAUGAUAUGCAGAAUCGCAUAGACAGAUUGGAGAACCUGGUUUUGUCCCUGAUGACCAAUGGCGCACAGUCGGCUGGACCUACUGCUGCGAUUGCUACCGUGUCCGGGGAUAGUAGUAUAGAUUCACGGGGCCCGCAGAGCGCAAGCACGAAUACGGUAGACAUCGACUUGAAAGAUGAAGAAAGUGACACGGAACAGGUUACCAAAUCGUUUGGAAUCAUGAAAGUGGAUAACCAGAGCCAAAAAUCAUAUUAUGUCUCCGAGGCACACUGGUCAACAAUCCUGAAUGAUAUUUCAGAAGUUAAGCAUUUCUGGGCUACCCAUAAGAAGCAGUACGAGGAGCAGAUGCAGAAAGUGCAAGCAACCAAGCAGACACAGGGUCUGAAGGGCUCUGCUCUAAUAUUUGGUGCCAUGUCGUUACCCACCGAAGCAGAGAUUAUGGCGUCUUUCCCUUCAAAAUACACUGCAGAUAUGCUUCUCCGCCGUUUCUUUGCUACCCUCGACCCCUCUAUCACGCUUGUCCACGGCCCGACAUUCUGGAAAGAGUACGAAGCUCACUGGCAAGACCCCUCUAAAACGAGUAUGGUCUGGAUAGCAAUGGUUUUCGCAAUGCUUCGGCUGGCGAUGCUAUCAUACCACAGAGAACGAGACGAACCCCCAGAAUUCCGAGGGAAGUCAUUAGAUAUAGCCAAAACAUACCGGAUUGCAAUGGCACAAGGGCUAGUAUACUCAGACUUCACGAAGCCUCAUCGAUAUCUACUUGAAACCUUGGCAUUCCAUUUACAAGCUGAGUACUCUCAGAGCUGUGAUUCUGAGACGUCAGUUUGGAUCCUGGUUGGAAUGAUUGUCCGUCUGGGGAUGAGAAUGGGAUAUCAUCGAGAUUCUAAAAUGUUUCCGAAUAUAUCUGUUUUCCAGGGAGAAAUGCGUCGACGGCUUUGGACAUGGGUUAGACAGGCGGAUUUGCUAUUCUCCUUCGAGGCGGGACUUCCGAGUAUGAUUCGAACGGGAGACGCGGAUACAGACUUUCCACGAUGUCUAUAUGAUGAAGACUUCGAUGAAGAUUCCAAGGAGACUCCUCCGGAAAGGCCAUUUAACCAGCCAGCUCCUAUUGCGUAUACCAUUGUUCAUGCAAGACUCACAACUGUCUUUAGUCGGGUGCUGGAAAAGUCACAGAAACUUCGAGGAUCUUCGUACGAGGAAGUUUUAGAGUUGGAUCGAGAGCUACGGCAUGCCCGCGAAAUGAUACCCGAAUGGCUGCAGAUGAAACCCCUUCCCGAAUGCGCCCAUGAACCGUCUACUCUAAUAAUGAAUAGAAUCGCAGUAUGUACUUAUCCUAUUGACCUAUUGCCUAAUCUCAUUUUACUAAGUUUGAUAUUACAGGUUGAAAGCAUCUACCACAAAGCCCAAUGUGUUCUACAUCGUCCUUAUCUAACAAGGGCCCGCGAAAACCCACGGUAUACUUUGUCACAUCGGGCCUGCAUCGAUAGUUCGCUUGAGCUAUUACGACUUCAAGCAAUGCUGCAUGCAGAAAAAACAUCCGGCAGAAGAGUCCUUCAUCCAAGAUAUUACACUACGUCACUUACUGGCCACGACUUCCUGCUAGCCAGCACCAUUCUUGCCCUUGAUCUCUACCAUGAAGCACAGUUAGAAGCGAACAGGCGGCAAGGUGAUAGUCCAUAUGGCUGGGGAUGCGGAAUGCAGGAGGAGAUGCUUGCUACCCUUCGGCAAUCUUAUAACAUCUGGAACGAACUUAAAGACGAGUCUAUGGACGCAUGGAAGGCAUCCAGUGUUCUGGGAUUGCUCCUGGAGAAGAUAAGUUGUCGACGAGACAAUAGAGAUACCACGUCAAUGGAUAGCAGCUUUGACCCGCAAGAUGAGAAACAGAGUGCUGCUAUGACUCUGGGACUCCUUAGUAGCGGAUUAACGCCCCAAGGACCAACAAGUCCGCCUCAAUUCGGAGAUUCCAUGAUAGGAAUUGAUCGGACGUCCUCGGCCCAGCAAGGAGGCUUACCUUCUAACAUAGACCAAUUAGCGGGCCUAAAUUCUCCGUUUGGCAUGUUUGGUCAGAUGCCAGACAUGCAGCCAUUCAACCUCGACUGGGAGGCUUGGGAUAACUAUAUCCAGUCAGCCGCCCUUGAUCCCACCAACCAAAACUGGGCAGAUGUAAAUCAACGGCAGGACUUCCAGCAAACACACCAGCCUCAGACUACCGCUGAGAACGAGCCAAAUAUGUCUAUAAGACCACCAACAUACCCUCUACGCAAUGGUACAUAUGAUGCGAACGGCAAUACCUCCACUCACCCCACAUACAUGAAUAAUAACGACUAUCAAGGAGGUGCAAACGCCUCCUGA